GGAGAGAUCUAGCACUGGUUACACGAGGGCAGAGCUUUGGCUCUUUGGACUAGAUAUGAAAAUAUCUCUCUCAGCCUUAGACUCCCAGCAACUCUCCAAGAAAGGACACUCAAGAGCAUUUUUAUCACCAUGCAUGGAAACAGCCUGAGUCAUCUGUCUUGCAAGCAGCAUCUAGGUUCUUCUGUUGAUCACUGGAAUUUCCCUUCAGCCAGGAAUUCAACAACCAGGGAGCAGUCCCAUUAUUGACAUGCCUGGCUGGCAAGCAGGCUCUUCCACCUUCACCCUUCCCAGCUUGCAUUUAUCUUGUUGCAAUCACAUAAGCUGCUUAGAGAUCACCAACACAGCGUCCAGGCUGUAUAGUAAAAGAUGUGUGGCUGUGCAUCCAGCACUGCAGACACAAAAUCAUAUUCUGUAAAUCAACCAACCGAUGCUUCUUCAAAGAAAGGAACAAAUUUAACUUCAAAAAGAAUGCCCAAACGGAUUCCAAUAUCCAAGCAGCUGGCUUCCAUAAAAGUUCUAGGAAAAGGCUCUGAUCUGGAGAAAGCUGUUGCAACAGCAGCCUUGGUCUAUGAUAAUGCUGCAGACACUGAAGGCAAACUCAGCAAAACUGAAGCUAAACAGCUGCUUGAGACUCAGUUUGUGCAUUUCAUGCAGGGUCAAGAAACCAAACCGAAAUACCAGGAAAUCCUUUCUGCUCUUGAGGAGAACAAGGAUGAGCACAUUGACUUUGAAGACUUCAUGGUUCAGCUGCUAAGUCUCACCCUGAUGUCCGAUCUCCGGCAAGAGAUACGAAGUGUGCAAAAAACUAAGUGAUAAAGCAUGUUGGGCAGAACAGACAAAUUGUGUGGUAGGGAGAGAAACUAAGGGGGGAAAUAUUAUUUUUAUGGACAGUUUCCAGAACUGUAGAUAGAUCAUUGGUAUCCCUGGCAAAACCAUGGAUUAGAGCAAACUACCAGGAAAGCCAAAGCUAGGAAUAGGUUGUGAUCCUGUACACUCUUAGCUGAGUAAGUCUCAUUAAACUUUUCAGUAAAUAUGAACAGGUCUGGACUUUAAGAGUCAUUUGAUAUAAAUUACAUAAUAAUGGAUAAAACAGUGUGGCAAAAAACAGAUACUGGCCCUGAUCCAGAUACAGUAAUGCACAAUAAGGGAGGGAUAGCUUUGUGUGUUGGCCUCAGAUACAGGGCUGGGGAAUCUCUGGACUGCAGGCCAAGCUUGACCAGCUAGGGGGUUGUUUGGCUUGUGAGGCCAUUUCCCUCAAAGCAGACUCCUCUGCUCAUCACCUGGUGAGUAGAGAGUGCAACCUUGCUUGGUGCUGCUUCCCUGGUGUGUUCCCUAUGGGAAGCGUGCUGAUGAGGCAAACUCCUGCAGAGAGCAGGAUUUGAACCCUCCACUUAUCAGCUGGCGAGUGGAGAGUUCAGUCUUGAUGGGUGCUGCUUCACCAGCGUGUUCCUUGUGGGUGAAGCAGAAUCUUCCCCCCACCCUGCAUAUCAACUUUGACAGGUGGGCAGAAGGUAAAGAUCUGGACCACCAGGCCAAAAAGGUUCCCCACCACUGCCUUAUGAGAAUAAGUAUUCCCAUCCACACAAACAGUCAAGAUAGAAUGGGAAUGUGCACCUUCUGGGGCAAUGGAAAAGGCAUUAGAUCAGCCUUUCCCAACCAGUGUGCCUCCAGAUGUUGUUGGACCACAACUCCCAUCAGCAUUGCCAAUGGUCAGGAAAGAUGGGAAUUGUGGACCAACAAUAUCUGGAGGCACACUGGUUGGGAAAGGCUGCAUUAGAUGAUGCAUGUAGCUAUUCUGGCCUCACUAAACUCCAUCUUCAUCCCCAUAUAUGUUUACACACAUAAAGUCUACAUCACAAGAACCCAAGCUGAGUGAGUAUGUCAACCAGCCUUGAGAGAGGACUGGAUCCACAAUAUUUAAGUAAAAUAGUUUUAUCUCUUUGGUACAUACACUGGUAAAAUGCAUGGAAAAGUACCUAAAGUUAAUAUUAAGGAUUUUGGAUGCUGCAACUCAAGAUUGGCUUAUUACACUAAAUGGAAAGAUUGAACUGAAUCUUCU